AUCGUGGAGAGCCUGACUGGCUUAGGCCAUAAUAAUGGCUGCUGUUUAUUCGGCAAACGAGGGUAGUUUACAAUCGAAAAAUGAAAGUUUGUCCUCUGAAUAUAAGAAAGGUGGGGUCCAGGAUGUAAGCGUCGAUCCAGUGAGCAAAUACAAAGACUUUAACGAUGAAAACAGCGGCGGGGAACUGGAAAUGAGUCCCAGUGGCCCUGUAUUGAAAACCAAGGACCACGCCGAAGUUGUUGUAACCAAUGCUGCAGUUCCACGCGUAGACAUUAAAUUAGAACUAGGGGAGGAAGACGAAUGUGUUCCUGUACAUUUUGUCGAAGUCGGGGAAGGAGAUUUGGAUGACAAGGCAACCAGUAUAGGAGACUCGUCUGAGAGAGAUGAAAGUGCCGAUGGGGAUUUGCCAUUUCGGUGUGAGGAUUGCAGUGAGGCCUUUGGAGACAAGGAGGCUUACCUAGAGCAUCGUAGCGAGCAUAUCCAUGAUGGUCCCAUAGUCUGCCUGGACAUGGAUUCACAGUGGGAUGACCUGCUUGUGUCAACAGAUGGAGGCCAUAAAACAUUGUUCUGUGCUCUUUGUGGAGAAAAGUUUUCAAGCUCAAAAGAGUUUUUUGCCCAUCAACUUAAGCACCGUAAUCAAGGGAUUAAACAGGGGAUAAAUGCUGGCUUGGAACCGGGUGUGGUAAAACAGAAGCUUUUCGAGUGCAAGGAUUGUGGUAAAGCUUUUGCAUCUGUUGGUCAGUGUCUCAACCAUCAGCGUUCUCAUAAACAGGCCUCAAAGUCAGUUUUUCAUCAGCUUGCCCAUCUAAAGAAAAAAUCAUUUCAGUGUCCCAUUUGUGGACGCAGUUAUUCUCGAGCUUCAGCUCUUGAUGCACACCGCCGUUGCCAUGAGGUUAAGCUGGUAAAAUCCAAAACCUGUGAAACUGAGAAGUCUCUGACAUUAAAUGAAGCUGCAGGUCCGACUGAAGACAAUGGCACAAGCUCUGACCACACUGAGAAUCAUCAGCAAAAGAUUAUUCAGUGCUUUUGUGGCAAAUCUUAUCGCUCCUUGGCUGGUCUUGCGACACACCAGAGAUUUUCAACCAGCUGUUCAGAUGGAAAGGUAAAGGAGGAAAUUAAACAUCCAUUUGAGUGUACUGAAUGUGGGAAGACCUUUGUUAGCUCUAUGGCUCUGUUGUGCCAUCAGCGUUGGCAUAAAAGACGAGCACAACAGGUGUCCAAUGGCCAGCCAUAUAAAUGUAAAGAGUGUGGCAAGGGGUUCACCUUACUCACGUUCUACAAUAAGCACCAGCGAUUAGCUCACAGUGAAGAGCUGGCGGCAAAAUCAUUCCUUAAUGAAGUUUAUCAGCUGAAGAAGAAGGCUUUUGAAUGUCAGGAUUGUGGACGUCGGUUUUCACGAGCAUCUGCUCUGCAAUCACAUCAGCUCUGUCAUACGGAUGUUUUUCGUGACAUCAUGGAGAAGGACUCUAAAUCAAGUGCUGCUACGCAAACAGUAAAAAAAUACGGGAAUGCCCGAGACAUGGAUGAUGUUGCUUUUGUCCCCACAAUGUACUCUCAGAACAUCUCUCACACUCAAGUUCAAGAGAGAGAUUUUAACUGCAGUGACACACACAACACAGUAGAAGAGCCAGAGGUAAUGGAUAUGGAUUAUGAAGUUAUCCGCAUCACAGCAUCAGAUGAUUAUAAGAGCAGUAUUAGUCUCCCACAGGAUCAAAAUCCUGAUUUGGAGUUAGUGUGUGAAUCAGAUCAAGAGGAAAAAGAUGACUUGGUCUACAGCUCGAGUCUGACAGCUGAAUCCACCUCCUCACUGCAGGUGAAUCCAGAGGUUGAUGUCAAAAUUGUACAGAUUGAUUAUGAGCAUUUAAAUGAUGAAGGAUUAAUAAAUGCAAAAAUAAUGAGCAAAAGCCAACCUGAAGAGCCUAUCGAGUAUAAUUGUCCACAUUGUGAACAAACGUUUGCAACGGCUUUGACCUUGCGUCAUCACUUGCAUUUGCACAGAGAAGACAUGGAGAAAAAUUUUGAUGAGAGGCAGAGCUGUCAAAUAUUGACACCGACUAAUAAGGCACUUAUACAAUGCGAGGUUUGUGGCCAUAAAAGUGAUUCCAAGAGUGCUUCUUACUUUCACUUGCAAAAACAUGAGAACAAAGUACCAUACAAGUCUAUUUCAUUCCAGGUUGCAAAUUUGCAGAAGAACAAUAUUAAAUGCGAGGAGUGUGGAAUGUGUUUUUCUCGACUAUCUGCUUUGCAUUCUCACCAACAGAAUCACUCAAAAAAGCCCUUUGUGUGCUUGCAAUGUGACCGGAGCUAUACAACCACAAGGGGUCUGUACUACCAUCGAAAGGGUUGCAAUGGCAGCAAACUCCGCUAUAACAAUGAUAAAGAUGAAAUGACAAAGCAUUUCAAUCCAACCAAGUCGCUUUUGGGCCCAAAGGUUCAUCACUGUAAAAAAUGUAGUAAAAGUUUUUGGUCUUUAGGUGCUUACUAUCAUCACAAGCAAAACCACUCACCGUGCGCAAAUGUCGAGGCGACAAGGCCUGGAGCUACAUUAGACCCUGAGAAUGUUCACAUAAAACGUAAGAAAAGGGGUCGAAGGGGUGGUCAGAAAAAAGAACAUCCUGUGUUCAGAACACCCUCUGAUUCAAAAAAGAAACAUAAAUGUGCGGUAUGUGGCAAAUCAUACCACAUGCUAGCUUGUUUUCUUAAGCAUCAGCUUUCCCAUGAUCGCCAACCCCCUGUCAAAUCUUUUGACCAUCAAGUUGAACAAUUGAAAAAGAACUCGUACCAAUGUCCUGACUGUGGAAAAGUUUUCUCACGUGCCAUGGCCCUCCAGUUUCACAUGAAAAGCCAUGGUUUUGAGACGGGCCUUCCUGUGACAGAAUCCUCUAAUUUGCCACCAAGUUCCCAAUGCCGGACAUGCCAAGCUGAUUUCACAUAUGAGUCAGAGCUACAAAAUCAUCAGAAGUACUGUUCAAAACCAAAGGACAAUGUGAAAUAUACACAAAAAACUGAGAAAAUGGUUAUAAAGGAGCAAGAUGCAUCCUCCCAAGACGUUGAAGAUAUAUUAGUAUGUGACACUUCCCAUUCAACACAUUCUACAAAUGAACAGAAACCACGUUUAGAUUCUGGUUUGAAAUACAAAUGUCAGGACUGUAGCAGAAGCUUUUCAGUAAUUGGGGCUCUUAAUUUUCAUAAGCGAAUUCAUCGCAUAGGUUAUGUAUCUAAAAGAAAGUUGAGAGCUGAACAGGCAAAUCGGCCGAAGGUUGUCAAAAUGAAACCAGAGAAGCAUUUGGCAAAAACUCCUUUUAUGUGUAAAGAAUGUGGAAGAUAUUUUAGCCUAAAUUCAGCUCUUGGCACACAUAUGCGGUGGCACAGGGACAAAAUAUUUGCCAGAUUUCUGUCAAAGAGCUAUAAGAAAUGCUCAAGAACUGUGAAAAGUGUGGAUGGUGGACCUUAUUUAUGCAAUUUAUGUGGGAAAGGAUUCUUUUACCUUUGUGUUCUUCGCCGGCAUCAGAAACAUCAUCCACCCAUGAAGAAUCAACUCCAAAAAGAGGGAGAAGUUGAAACUGCUGAAUCAGAUGGCAUUUUUACAUGUCCAGAUUGUCAAAUGUCUUUCUCAAGUGGGUCUCUUUUAACAACUCACUUUGAAAACCAUCACAGCAAGCAGGCCAAGACUGGGAAGCCACAGUCAGACAUACUGCCUACCGAGGAGUCAGGUCCACCUAUCAAACAACCUUAUACACCCAUAAUGGAUAUCACCAAACAAGAAAAAAACAAUGUGCAAUACCACCAGUGCUCUCAGUGUGCUAAGAGAUUCUUGAAUUUACGUGGUCUUCGUGCACAUAUAUGGCAGAAACACCUUAAGGUUGAAGGACAGCCCACUGCAUCUCCUGAAGAGCACCCAAAUGUUGUUAAUUGCUCUGCAUGUCAUAAGCCCUUUGCUUCUGAAUGGGCCAUUCAGAAUCAUAAAAGGUUUUGCAGGGCCAAUAACAGAGACCUUAAACCAUUUAUGGAAGAGGAACCAGCACAGCACAGUCAAAAUGUAGAACUCUCUACCAAAUGUAUUUUCAAAUGUGAUAAAUGUGCAAAAGCUUUUCCUAGUGAGGAGAAGUUAAAUGCACAUAAAGAAGUGGCAAAGACCCGACCACACUGUUGUGCUCUUUGCUGCCGUGGAUACUGGACUGAAAGCCAGCUACAGCAGCAUCUUGCAUGGCACGAUGAAGUACGCCGGCGUCUCCCAACUGAACUGCGAUACAGACUCAAUGCUUCCAUGCCUCCUGGGCCCUCAGACAAACUGCAGGCUUUAUUGCAAACAUCCACAUCCAUAGUCAAGCAGCCUGUAGGCCUCACAAAUCCACAACCUAACAGUCAUAUAUGUCAGCAUUGUGAUACAACGUUUUUGUCACAACAAGCGUUGCAGCAGCACAAAGUUGUUCACCAAACUGAGGAAUCAUACCAUUGUUCUCUGUCUCCACAGACAAAUAGUGAUGUCAGAGAUCUUGUUGAUUACCCUAAUGAGGGCAUGGGUGAUAAAGAGGUAGAAGGCAGUAAAUUAGUGUCCCAGGGAAGUAGUGAUGAAAACCUGACAUGCAUUGAGUGUGGAAUUUCCUUUAAAAAGGAAACGGAACUGCAUCAACAUUAUAUUAAACAUGCACGUGGAGAGUUCUAAAACUUGGAUG